CUAUGUGGAGGGCCUUUAUCUGGCAUCAGCUUAAAUGUUUUCGAUAAUGAAAAACCAUCGAUUCUAUCGAUAAUGCCAUCGAUAGUUUUCCAGAACUAUUUAUUCGGGAACUUUGAUCCGGACGAGUAACAAAUAAUUAUUUUCCAAUGGACCACGUAUCUGGAGAACACUUCGAGUAUUUAAAUAGACCAAAAAAAACUAAGCGCCAGCAUCAUAAGCAAGUGGCAACUGUUACUGAGGAGGAAUUCACUGAGUCUCCCAGAGGUAUUGAAUACAUAGAAAUUGAGCCCAUUAGUUGGAACGAAUAUUCCUUGAAAGGUGAGGAACAAGAGGAUUUGAUAACAGACGAUGACGCGGUGAAUGUUACAGUAAGUAUAACCGAUGAACAAAAGGAGGAGCCCACUCCUAAAACUUCGCAAACUUCUCGGCGCAAGUUGCGAGCUUUAGCGACUUAUAAAAACUCGACAGCCAUCGAGGGAAAACGAAAAUAUAAAUGUAGAAUAUGCGAGUACGCUGCAAAUGACAUUAGUAACUUGCGAGGCCAUGAGAAACGACACAGUAAUAUAAAGCCUUACGGGUGCCUAAAAUGUGACAAAGCAUUUUAUACGCGCACAGAUUUGAACAACCAUACCAGACGGCACAAUGGAGAAAAGCCUUUUAUCUGUUGUUAUUGCGGCAAUAGAUUUGUAACCGCUGGAAUAUUAAAUAAGCAUGAAAAAUGGCAUCUUGGCAAGAGGGAACAUAAAUGUGAUCAAUGUGAGAAGCGCUUCUUUCACGCAUCUCACCUGCGAAAUCACACGGUUGUGCACACCCAGGAACGCAAUUAUGAAUGCGAGACAUGUCAAGCCAAGUUCACCCUCAAGAGAUCGCUCGAGCUACAUAUGAAAUUACAUGAAAAUGCGUUAGCUUAUGAAUGUAUCAUCUGCCAUACGCGUUUCAACCAGCGAUGUACGUUGCGUUCGCAUAUGAAGACUAAACAUAAAGUACUGCGUGCGGAUGCCGAAAGCAAAAACUCUGUUACAGAUAUUGAUUCUAUCGGAGAAGCUUGAAAGUCAAAUUAAUUAGUAAUUAGUAAGCAUUUAUGGUAGCCUUGAUUAAAGAUUGUCGUAUGUUUUUCGACAAGUUUUUGGAAA